CCGCCCGCGGAGCCGAGUGAAGCCGCCGCCCGGGCCCGGGGCGCAGCGGGACGAGCGGCGGCGGCGGCGGCGGCGGCUCCGGCCGUGGCCAUGCGGCGGGGCUAGGGGCGAGCGCGCUUCCCGGGGUUUAGUAAUGUUAGCAGAGGCCAGCCUUUCCAUAUGGGGAUGGGGAAGCCUUGGCGUUGUGCUUUUCCUUGUAACGUUUGGACCCUUUGCUAUCUUUUACUUUGCAUUUUAUAUCCUCUGCUUUGUGGGCGGGGGUUUUGUGGUCACUCUCUUGUUUGGAAAAACCAAUUCUGAGAAAUACCUGGAGCAGUGUGAGCACUCCUUCCUUCCUCCAACCUCCACAGGGAUUCCUAAGUGCUUAGAAGAAAUGAGACGGGAAGCUCGAAUGAUUAAGAUUGAUCGAAGAUUGACGGGUGCCAAUAUCAUUGAUGAGCCUCUCCAGCAAGUGAUCCAGUUUUCUUUGAGGGAUUACGUCCAGUAUUGGUAUUACACAUUAAGCGAUGAUGAAUCUUUUCUCCUCGAAAUCAGGCAGACGCUCCAGAAUGCGCUCAUUCAGUUUUCUACCAGGUCGAAAGAGAUAGACUGGCAGCCGUAUUUCACCACACGCAUCGUGGAUGAUUUUGGUACCCAUCUGCGAGUGUUCAGGAAAGCCCAGCAGAAGGUCACAGAAAAGGAUGAGCAGGCGAAAGGUUCAGCCGAAGACCUCGUAGAGACCUUCUUUGAAGUUGAAGUCGAGAUGGAGAAGGACACUUGUCGCGAUCUAGUCUGCACCUCUUCCAAAGAAGAAGAAGGAUUCCUUAGGGAUCUGUGUGAGGUGUUACUGUAUUUGUUGCUACCUCCUGGAGACUUCCAGAACAAGAUCAUGCGAUACUUUGUCAGGGAAAUCCUUGCACGUGGAGUUCUUCUUCCAUUAAUAAACCAACUCAGUGAUCCUGAUUAUAUUAAUCAGUAUGUCAUAUGGAUGAUUCGUGAUUCCAAUUGCAACUAUGAGGCCUUUAUGAACAUUAUUAAAUUAAGCGACAACGUGGGUGAGCUCGAAGCAGUCAGGGAUAAGGCUGUUGAAGAGUUGCAGUAUCUUCGAUCCCUGGAUACUGCGGGUGAUGAUAUCAACACUAUCAAAAAUCAAAUUAAUAGUUUAUUAUUUGUAAAGAAAGUAUGUGACUCCAGAAUACAGAGGUUGCAGUCAGGCAAAGAAAUAGAUACUGUGAAACUGGCAGCGCACUUUGGGAAACUUUGCACAGUCCCCUUGGACAGCAUUCUUGUAGACAAUGUUGCACUACAAUUUUUCAUGGAUUACAUGCAGCAGACCGGAGGUCAGGCUCAUCUCUUCUUCUGGAUGACAGUGGAAGGGUACCGGGUCACAGCCCAGCAGCAGCUGGAGGUGCUUCUGAGCCGCCAGCGAGACGGGAGACAGCAGAGCAGCCAGACGAAAGGCCUCCUGAGAGCCGCUGCGGUUGGCAUUUAUGAGCAGUACCUGUCAGAAAAGGCGUCGCCGAGAGUCCACAUCGAUGACUACUUGGUGGCCAAGUUAGCGGACACGCUGAACCACGAGGAUCCGACGCCUGAGAUUUUUGAUGACAUCCAAAAGAAGGUGUAUGACCUGAUGCUGAGAGAUGAGAGAUUUUACCCGUCCUUUAAGCAGAACGUUCUCUAUGUGCGCAUGCUGGCCGAGCUGGACAUGUUAAAGGACCCUAGCUUCAGAGGCUCUGAUGAUGGGGAUGGAGAAUCUUUUAAUAGGUCCCCUACAGGGAGCAUAAAUUUGUCUUUAGACGAUCUUUCAAGUGUGUCUUCUGAUGACUCGGUACAACUCCAUGCUUACAUUUCUGAUACCGUCUGUGCUGACUGUGACCCCUAUGCUGUGGCAGGCGUGUGUAAUGACCAUGGCAAGACGUACGCCUUGUACGCCAUCACUGUGCACCGGCGCGGCCCCAACAGUGACGAGAUCUGGAAGACCUAUCGCCGUUACAGCGACUUCCAUGACUUCCACAUGCGGAUCACGGAGCAGUUUGAGAAUCUGUCAAGCAUUUUGAAGCUCCCUGGUAAAAAAACAUUUAACAACAUGGACCGAGAUUUUUUAGAAAAGCGAAAAAAGGACCUAAAUGCAUAUUUACAGUUAUUGUUGACACCUGAAAUGAUGAAAGCUUCCCCAGCCCUGGCGCCCUAUGUGUGUGACUUUCUGGAGAACAAAGCCUACAGCAAAGGAAAAGGGGAUUUUGCUCGCAAGAUGGACACUUUUGUAAAUCCACUUCGCAAUUCUAUGAGGAACGUUUCAAAUGCGGUUAAAUCUCUUCCUGAUAGCUUGGCAGAGGGCAUGACCAAAAUGUCAGACAACAUGGGCAAAAUGUCAGAGAGAUUGGGACAAGACAUAAAACAAUCAUUUUUCAAGGUACCUCCUUUAAUUCAGAAGACAGAUUCUGAUCCCGAACAUUGUCGCGUCUCCGCCCAGCUUGAUGACAAUGUGGAUGAUAACAUUCCUCUUCGGGUCAUGCUGCUCCUCAUGGAUGAAGUCUUUGACUUAAAGGAGAGAAAUCAGUGGCUGAGAAGAAACAUCAAAAACCUGCUGCAGCAGCUCAUCAGAGCCACCUACGGAGACACCAUCAACAGAAAAAUAGUUGACCAUGUUGAUUGGAUGACUUCACCUGAGCAAGUUGCUGAUUCAGUCAAACGUUUCAGGGAUGCCUUUUGGCCAAAUGGCAUUUUAGCAGAGACUGUGCCAUGUAGAGACAAGGCUAUCAGGAUGCGAACCCGAGUCGCGGGAAAAACAAAGCUUCUCGAGAUAAUGCCUGAUGAGCUGAAGCACAUCAUAGGCGCUGAGACCACACGGAAGGGCAUUCUCCGCGUUUUUGAGAUGUUUCAGCACAACCAGUUGAAUAAAAGGAUGGUCUACGUCUUCUUGGAGGGCUUCCUAGAAACCUUAUUUCCCCAGUAUAAAUUCCACGAUCUCUUCAACAAACUGCAUUCACGGUCCAAGCAGAUGAGAAAGUACAAGCAGAGACUACAGACAGGCCAGCCACCCUCUGUGCAGAAGAGGUGACCCUGCAGGUAGAAGCCAGGGUUUGCUUGUCUGGGAUGGACGCUGGGCAGGGCCUCCGGGGCGUCCCUCCCGGCCGUGGGGUCUGCUCCAGUCUUGUAGUGUCACGCGUUAGCCCAUUAGUACGUCCAUGAGACCUGGGGUUCUGCUCAUCUUCACCCAUUGUCCCGCCGGGACCGCCGCAGACAGAUGGGCUCAGCGUGUCUAAGUGCCCCUUUCUGACUGAGGAAGCCUCUUCCAGCCGUGGGCGCCAGAGAGUGCGUAUGGGAGGGGCUCACCACGAGCAGCGGGCUCUCGUCUGGGCACUGGGAGAUUGUGCAGCGGGCGCCUUGGGGGGAGGGUGCUCUGUUCUGCAUUAGGACUAUCGAGGUCUAGGCCAGCAUUCCUGCAUAGGAGGCAUUGCUACAGAACACAGUGCUCCCCAAAGCAUGGACUGACGGUUAAGACAUCUGAUUCUUUCACCCUGAUUAACUAUACUCUUGUGAUAUGAAGAAAUAAAACUGGGUAACAUUAGAAUCCGGUCGUAUCUGUUAUUCAGUGGAAUAAGCAGUGUCCCUUUUAUGUGUAGGAUGUGCUGUAAGGGUCCUCGUUAGCUCUGGAGGCCCAACGGACUGGUCCUGUUGGGAUGGAGAAGGAAGCGUGCUCAGAUCCCGGCUUUUUGGGAAAGGGCUGCAGGCCCUCUGUCUCCAGCAGGCCAGUGGGGGUGCCCAAAGGGCCACCUGCCCCAGGGGACACAGCAGUGUAGCUUGUUGGAAGAAGCACCAUGCAGAUUUUGUCCUCAAAACAGAAACAUAAAAACCCUCACUUGGCAAAAAAAAGUUGUCCUCUUCUCAUUUUAAUUGAUUGGAGUUUCACUUACCACAGUUAGAUUGCUAGGUUUGCUACUCACCAAAAAAGAUUUUUAAUGAACGUCAUUUGUCAUAUGCAAAUAUACAAAUUCCUAAAUCCACCACAGUGUAUAUAUGUGAAAAUAAAGAAUGAAAACACAACUAUAAUAUUUUUUUAAAUAUUUUUUUUUAUUUUUUGUGUAAUGCAAAGUUUAAAAAAACCCUCCAGAAAUCCCUCGGUCUGUCCCUUUAAUUCCCUGAAAUAAUUCUAUACUAUGAAGAAGCAAAUGUGUACUUUCACUCUUUGGGGGCCUCUGAAUAGUUCAGAGUUUUCUUCUGCUCCACUUUCUCCACUGGAAUUCUUCAUCUCUGCCAUGAGGGUUGCUCCUGCACAAGUAUCCAUGUUCCUAUUAACUGAGAAUGGGGGAGGGGGAAAAGUUCUCUUUAUGUCUUUCUUUUAAAAAUAUUUAACACUACGAGCUUAAGAGCAUGAAGCUACUUACCAGAUCACUGAGCCAAGAUCCUGGUGGCGAUCGAGCCCCCAGGUGACAGCAAUAUAUAUAUCUAUGUAUGUAUGUGUAUAUAUAUAUACAUGUAGAUGUAUGUGUGUAUAUAUGUAUGUAUGUGUGUAUGUGUAUAUCUCCAGCUAAGAGAGGGUCUAGGCAUCCAAGGCCCAGUUAUUUGAGAGCUUUAAGGGUGAGAAAACACCCCAUGGCAAUUUUUUUUUCUCUCUUGGAAUCUUCUUUAAGCCUAUUAACACAGUGAAGCCUUUCUUUAAAUAUUUGUCAUAAUGAUCAUGUUUACUGCUGAUGUCAUCAUGCAUACUUGCAGUAUAUGGGAAUUCACGUAUGUUGCAUGUCUUCAAAACUACAUAAAUGAAAUACCCUGAAAGAGAGAAAUCCUGAGGACUUGUGGUAGAUUGUCUUGUCCUAAGAUAAGUGGGUUUUCUCCCCAGGCUUUAAAAUAAUGAUUGGAGAAAUGUGCCCAUCCAUAGGAAGGAUCACCUUGGCCACUAGAAAAAUGACUUUCAUGCCCCCUCCUUCCCAUUGUCAUUGUGACUAUUUUGAAAAUAGAAGAGUGAGUUUAGUUCUGCACAAGUGAAAGACUGUUCAGAAUAGCCGUGUGUGUGUGUGUGUGUUUAAAGAUGAACUCUAUAUGUGAGAGAUAGGCCAUAAACCAUAGAAAGAUGGUGUCCAAAAAUGCAGAAAGUCAGUAUAGAGCGCCCCCUGUUCCCUGAAAGGAACCUGGCUACUCUCUCGCCAAAAGGUUUUUUCUGAAUAAAUUGUUUGAGUCACUUUUUACUAAAGAAUUUAUAGGCAAGAUUUUCAGAGCAAGAAUAUUAGAUAAUGGUUGAGCUAAAGCAGGUGUACCUUAUCUAAAGGGGCCUGUGUUCUGGAAUGUAGAAAAAACCACGGCCAUGCUAAAUUAAUGCUGGAGAUCUUCAGGUAUCUCGUGUUAACAUCUUUAGUCCAAAAUCAAGGACGGUGUACCCACGUUCAUAAAGGCAUUGCAUUAGUGCAUCUAGAAACAUAUACAUAUAUACAUAUACCAGAAGAUUGGUGUGUUCUGACAUUUAAUUUCCUAACGCGGUUUUCAAAGUCAGUGGUGCCUUUGGGCAGGAGCUACUGAAAAUGAUCUCUCCGAGAGCCCUGACUUUGUCCUUUGUUGUUGCUGUUCUGUUUUGUCUUUAAGAUUAUACAAGAUUGAACAUAGAGAAAAGUCUUCCCUGCCAACUUCUGUGUUCUCUUACCCUGGGAAAAAAAUGUAGAGGGACAACACAGCACUUAGACAGGCGUAGUCUAGGAUUUGGGUGUUCUGAAUAGUUGCUGAAAUGAUUGUGCCAUUGACCAAAAAGCACACUUGGUCGGCCUUAACUUUCUUCUGAAGGAAUAUUAGAGCUUUUAAAAUGCUCCAGUUGGUUUGUUCUCAAGCUUGUGCUGCUGGUGUUUGCUAUAAUUAAACAGGUAAUUGUAAGUGCUACCAGAAUGUGUACCAACUUUUUAAAAAGUUAACUAUUUAAAUCCCACAAUCUAAAAUUUAAUUUUGUGCAAUAUUUUCAUUAACGCAUGUGAAUUUGAAUAAUUGUAAAAUAAAUGAAUUUUUAAUGUUUUGAGACAUAGGUUAAACUGUCUUCUUAACCCAAUAACUUGCAUUCUGUUGUUGCUGCAUCUGUUUAUUUAAAGACUUGUUUUAAAAGUCUUGUAUGUCGGAUUCCUUGUAAAAUUCUCUUGCCUUGGUGAAUUUCGCUUGGGGGAGAGUGGUCGCCGUGUUCCAAGGGCAGACUCUGCUGAGCACAUCUUAGGGAUAGAGCUGGUAAAGAUGCCUUGUGCGCAUAUCUGUACAGUCACUGUCAACUGUGUGCCUCAUUGUUCUGUCACUACUUUCUCCCCUUCAGCAAAGAACAAAUUUCAGUCAAAAUGUCAGUCAUUUAUUGAACUGGAAAAAAGAAAGAGUAAAAUUUUUAUUUGGGUUUGCAUUAUGUUCUGUCCAUUAGGAAAGCUGAAAAAUAUUACACUAAUAAAGUAUUAACGAUUUUU